AUGACUGAAUCGGAAAAAGUUGAUGGCGGCAAGAGACGCCGUUUGCUGAUCACUUGCAACGCAAUGAUUGCCAUCAAUCGUUGCAAGAAAACUGUGCAUGAUUUGUCGUCAUCCAACGAGGAAGGAAUUAAUUCCAGAUCCACUGGUAAUCACAUUCACAACGGAACAGCUCUAGACCAAAAUGUGACGGAUUUGAUUAAAGCGGGAAAAUGGAUGCUGAGGCCAAAGCAACGAAAAAUGCGCUAUCCGAAUAAAGCAGUGGUUCAGAAGGCUGCGGACCUCCCAGAGGCCGCAAGCGCGUAG